GAAGUCUGUCACCCAAAGGAUGAUAAAGUUGUUUUUAUUUGAAGAAAUCGAUAGAAAAGAAAGCCUCAGCGCUCUAAAGCUCGGCUAAAGGGAAGCGGGUGCGCAGCUUCGAGUCUGAGAGCUACCUGGAGCCCAGAGACAGGGGUCGGACCAUGGGAACCCCAAAGCCGAGGAUCCUUCCCUGGCUGGUAGCUCAGCUGGACCUGGGGCAGCUGGAGGGUGUGGCCUGGGUGAACGAGAGCCGCACGCGCUUCCGCAUCCCUUGGAAGCACGGCCUGAGGCAGGAUGCGCAGCAGGAGGACUUCGGCAUCUUCCAGGCAUGGGCCGAAGCCAGCGGAGCCUACACUCCUGGGAAGGAUAAGCCCGACCUGCCAACCUGGAAAAGGAAUUUCCGGUCUGCCCUGAACCGAAAGGAAGUGUUGCGUUUAGCCGAGGACCGGAGCAAGGACCCUCACGACCCGCAUAAGAUUUACGAGUUUGUGACCUCAGGAGUUGGAGACUUUCCCCAGCCGGAUACCUCUCCAGACACCAAUGGCGGAGGCAGUACCUCUGAUACCCAAGAAGACAUUCUGGAGGAGUUACUGGGUGACAUGAUCUUGGCCCCACUCCCAGAUGGGAGGCCCUCAGGCCUGGCUGUGGCCCUUGAGCACUACCCUCAGAGUCCCAGCUUGGACAACCCUACUUCCUGCCCAAACCUGGAACCCCAUGAAAACCCACUGAGGCAAUUAUUUGUGCCCGAGGAAGAGUGGGAGUUCGAGGUGACCGCCUUCUACCGAGGCCGCCAAGUCUUCCAGCAGACCGUCUUCUGCCCAGAGGGUCUGCGGCUGGUGGGGCCAGACGCAGGGGACAGGAUGCUGCCUGGACAGCCAAUAACACUGCCAGACCCUGGGGUGUCCCUGACAGACAAGGGAGUGACAGGCUACGUGAGGCGUGUGCUGAGCUGCCUGGAGGGGGGACUGGCUCUGGGGCGGACAGGGCAGUGGCUCUGGGCCCAGCGGCUGGGGCACUGCCACACGUACUGGGCUGUGGGCGAGGAGCUGCUCCCUGACAGCAUGCAUGGGCCUGAUGGUGAGGUCCUCAAGGACAAAGAAGGAGGUGUGUUCGACCUGGGACCCUUUGUGGCAGAUCUGAUUGCCUUCAUCGAAGGAAGCAGACGCUCACCACGCUACACCAUCUGGUUCUGCGUGGGGGAACCAUGGCCCCAGGGCCAGCCGUGGACCAAGAGGCUCGUGAUGGUCAAGGUUGUUCCCACGUGCCUCAGGGCCCUGUUAGACAUGGCCCGGGUAGGGGGUGCCUCCUCCCUGGAGAACACUGUGGACCUGCACAUUUCCAACAGCCAACCACUUUCCCUUACCUCUGACCAGUAUAAGGCCUACCUACAGGACCUGCUCGAGGACAUGGAUUUCCAGGUCACUGGGGAGGCCUGAAACCUUAGUCCUCAUGGCUGCAGGCUCCUAACACCCCACCUUGGCCAAUAAACUGGUUACUGCUAUGGUCA